AUGAACGGGGAAGGCUGGGAAAAGCGGGUGAGGGAGGGGGGGGUUUAUGGUGGUUUUCAAUUUAUUUAUCUUUUUAGUUCAACUCAAUUGCCUUGUGGCUUUGGAGAGGAGAAAAGGAGAUUUCAUGUACAAACAGCAGGAGGAGUGAUGGGUAAAGACUUCGAGUGGAUUAAGCUUGAUUUGAUUAUUUAUUUAAUCAGUGUGGGAAGGGGACCUCGAGGUCCCUCAUUUCACAUGAAGCGAAAACCCUGUCCCACAUCUUACAACAACUUGGAGGAUCUUGGUGUGGCUUCGGUCUUGUUAUCACAUUAG